AUGAAACGAAAACGUUCUUCCUCCUCAUUCCUUCUUCCGCGGCGAACCCUCUUUCUCACUACCGUGACAAUCAUAAUUCUCAUUCUAUUACAUGUGCACAGCAGUAUUAUUGUCUUUCAAUUUGAAAAGGAGGAGGAACGCUUAUUGACUACUGAUAGGACGACGAACAAGGUCGUUAUUCAAAAGCAACAACGGUACUCCACCAUUAUUUGGCCAUUUCGAACGACGGCUUCCGAGUGGUGCUACUCCACCAUUCACGGUAAUCAUAACAAUGUGUUCCAAUAUCCUCCUCCUCCUCCUCCUCCUCCUGGAUUGAUCUUUGUCAAGGUUCCCAAAACAGCGUCCUCCACGCUUGUCGGGAUCAACAUUCGGAUUGCCAAAAAGGUCGGUGAGCGAAUACUACCAAAUAGUAAGCCUCCACCAACUUUUCCUGUUAGUGCUGGCUCCUACUCCUGGUUAUUGCGUUCCAUCCUGUUGUCGUUUUGGAAUGAUCAACAUCAACAACAACAACAACAACAACAACAACAACAACAACAACAUACGAAUAAUAAGGCUUAUUGGACAAGAAGAGAAGAAUUAGAAGCAUCACGGACAUGUUCUCACACUCGAAUCCAUGGAGGAGACGCCUUGUUGUCGUUGUUGCUGCGUCGCAAUCGAUAUUCACACACGCCGCAACUUUUAUGGAGUUUUGUGAGAGAUCCAGCCGCACGAGUCCAAUCGGCCUUUUAUCAUUUUGAAGUCUCGCGCAAGGGAGUAACACCCACCCUGGGUCAUUUGAUAUCCUACGCCAACGGCGAAUCCAACUUUCAGUACAAAUAUCUAUCCACUCAUGAGGAUCCUCAAUCCUUUUUGGAACAACACCGUGACGGCCAUAAUGAGGAUGCUACUAUUACGAAUAAUAAUAGUGCCAUGAUCGUGAUUCAAGAUCAGAUUCUCCAACAAUAUGACUUUCUUGGAAUUGUGGAACGUUGGCAAGAGUCCCUGGCAGUCAUGAUUUUGUUGUGGAAUCUUGAAGAUUCUGAUGUGAUUGCAUUAUCGUCCAAGGUGGCAGGUGGCUUUGACGAUGGUCGGUAUCAGACACCUGGGAACUGCAAACGUAUCAUUGCCGACGCUUCCUCCUCCUCGUUGACAAUACAAUCACAAGAGGAUGAGGAAUAUCUGGAAUCCUUUUGGAAUACCACCUUCUAUGCCAACAACGAAUUGGAUUAUCAACUUUAUCAAAUGGCAAAUGACAAAUUGACCAAGACCAUCCAUGCGCUAGGACUAAAGCGUGUGGAACAGGUGGUGAAACAGGUGAAGCUACUGGAAGCCUUGGCCCAGGAAACAUGUGCGCCAUCAGCCAUCUUUCCAUGCUCGUCCAAUGGAACCUGGCAAUAUGAGGAAUCACAAAAGAAUUGCUACUGGCACGACUCUGGAUGUGGAUAUCCAUGCAUUGACGGACUUGGUCACAACCAAUGA